CUCUAAUACAGGCAUCUAACCACGACAGCUACUAAAACACUCCCUCUCGCCUUCUGCAUAACAUGGGCAGCUCGACCCAGCCUUCCCAUGUUCUCUCGUCGGCAGUAUUUUCAUGAAGCGAGCGCUGGUUUAUCUGGGACAUCCACCAAUGGGACCCCGCAAGAAGUCUAAAGGGACUGACCAGGCUCCAGCUGGAAGUUCAACAACCACAGUUGAUAAGUCGAAGGAUGAUGUGUCAAACAAAGCAGACAGCACCGCUGCAGCGAGCUCGGAACAGUUAGAUAAUCCAGAGGCUCGUGUCAAGGAGCCCGCGUUGUCUCGAUCACUUCCAGCCGGCGAGAACGGCAGCACCAUCUCAAGGAAUGGCACCACGAAACCUAAGGAGCCGAAAGUAAAGCCCCAGCGCAGUUGGUACGGAGGAAGCUGGCGAUCGAAAGCGCGGCCCGUGACAGAAGUCGCUCGCGAAACAGUGUCCAGCUCCCCUAACACGCCUCCUGCGCAGACUCGCCGGUCGACCGCCACCCAACCACCACCGAAAUCCCCGCGACAAUACAUGGAGGGUAGCCCGAGGAAAACAAGUAAAGGGGACGUCGUUGCAGCCUCAAUGACGAAGCUCAAUAUCACAUCCAAUAAAAGUGGAGAUCCAUCACCUCCAAGAGAUGGAAACGUAGAGGAUGUACCCAGAGAGAUUGAACCUCCUCUACCGCCAGAUCCUACACAGGAUCCAACACAAAGUGAGCGGACUGGUCGAACUUCCGACGAAACACAGAAGCCGAAAUCAACGUCGCAAUCAACAAAAGGCCCAACAUCGACCAGCUGGUAUGGCUGGUGGUCAAGACCAGACGCGGACAGCGGAGACACAGCUCCACAGACAUUGGCAGCAAAAUCAGCCGAGACGUCGUUGGAGGACUCAAAGAAGACGCCACUUCCUGGGCCAACUGCUGAUGAGGAACGGAAGCUUGAUCCCGCGGCGCAAGCCGAACCCAACGGCGGUGCGGAAGAAGAAGCGAAGUCCGCUGCUGCGCACAACCAAAGCAAGGGGGUGAACACCUCUGCCCCAAGCAAAUCCUGGUUUGGAUUAUGGAGCAAUGCGCAGAAUGCGAAGCUGUCUCCACCAGCAGAGGCAGAUGAGCCGCCACUGGAAUCGGUACCUGAAGGUGGAGACAAGGAUUUGCCCGAUGCACCACCAGCAGAGGUUCCUCCACCCCAGGACAGCAAGCAGGAAUCUGCGCAAUCAUCAGGCUGGGCUUUUUGGUCCCGGCAAACGCCUCAGCCGGAAGGCAAGGAAAAUAUGAAUGGGAAACAUAAGCAGGUGGGCGAACUUGCGGUUGCCGAUACUCCAUCCCAAUCUCAUCCGGAGGCUGCUCAGUUCAAUGAGCAAGAAGAGCCAGCUACAACCCCUCCAAAGUCGACAGCGAAGACGUUGCGUAGUAAGAGAGGACCAAAGGAUGAUGCGAGCAAAGGCACACCGGCCUCUGCCACCGCAUCCGGAAAGCAGCAAGGCGCCGUACGAGAUAACCUCCUGCUGCCGCAUUUCUCCGGCACAUAUCACGCCACGCCACCCCCCUCCUAUUGGCAACAGAUCCGACAGUUCUUCCUCGGUGACGGUCUCAUACCACCCCACGUUCACAUUAACCCCAACCCUCCUCACAUCAAGAAAGCCCUUGCCAUCGGUGUGCAUGGCUGGUUUCCCGCCGCCUUCCUCAACGGCGUCAUCGGGCAGCCGACAGGGACUUCGAUACGAUUCGCAAAUCACGCCGCCGCGGCGAUUGAGCGGUGGGUCGAUGCUCGCGGAUAUACCUGUGAUAUCGAAAAGGUCGCGUUGGAAGGCGAAGGCAUGGUGUCGGAUCGGGUGGCCACCCUUUGGAACCUACUCCUGAACUGGAUCGAGCACAUUAAGAGCGCCGAUUUCAUCCUCCUGGCAUGCCAUUCACAGGGGGUUCCGGUCGGGAUUAUGUUGAUCUCGAAACUCAUUCAAUUUGGCUGCAUCCACCCCAAUGCGCGGAUUGGAAUCUGCGCUAUGGCUGGCGUAAACCUUGGCCCAUUUCCCGAGUACAAAAGCCGGAUAUUGGGGGGUGCGGCGUUCGAAUUAUUCGAAUUCACUAGGAAUGAUAGCAAAAUGAGCAAGGCGUAUAGAGAAGCGUUAGAGGUCGUUGUCAAAGCCGGCGUCCGAGUCGUUUACAUUGGCAGCAUCGAUGACCAGCUGGUGUCUUUAGAGUCCUCCACGUUCUCGAACAUAGCUCACCCAUAUAUCUUCCGCGCGGUUUUCGUCGACGGCCGGAUUCACGCGCCGGAUUUCCUUACCCGUCUCGUGGGAUUCGUAUUGAAGCUACGGAAUCUCGGCAUUCCUGAUCACGGCCUCAUCCGCGAACUGUCACCCGCCCUCGCUGGCUCCCUGUACAUGGGCGAAGGGCACUCACGAAUCUACGACGAAGGAGAAGUGUAUUUCCUCUCCGUUCAAUGCGCCCUCGAAACGACGAACCUGGCAUCCAUCUCGGCCGGGGCUCUGUCCGGCCUUUCUCCGGCGCGUUUGGCCCCCAAAGUCAAAGAGGAAAAGCCCAUCGUGGCCAUCGGCGAGGCGCCUCGAGCCGUAGUCGAGAUCUAUGAAGCCAACUUGACGUCUACCACAACCACCAGUGGAGUUACGGGAGGAUUCACGACCCAGAAUCCGUAUUUCUUGCCCUGGGCGAUGAGGGGGUUGCUGGAAGAGGAGUUUGUGAGAAAGGAGCUGCGAGCGGAGGUCCAGGAGCUGCUGGAGCUGUUUGAGAGUUGGAAGCCGACCACCAAGCAACUGAAAGAUGUGAAGUUUAGGCUCGAAGUCGUUCGGAGCAAGCUUUGACGUUCUAGAUUGACUUUGGAAUUGGAUUUAGUUCCGGCACAUCUUCUUACCACGGCAUGGCCGCAUUCAAGAACCUGUACUAAUUCUAGCAACGCAAGACUAUAGCGUGGAAAUAAUCGAAAGGGUAUUCAUUAUACCCUGCUCACGUUCCGAUGCAGUGAUCGAAAACCCCACUGGUUUGCUUUCUGUCUUGCGUGGUGAAUCAUUCGCAU